AUCCGUUCAUGUGCCCGCCGUUGCCUUCAUGUCUCUCGCUACCUUGGCUACUACCUCUCCAGCUCUCUCCACCCCAACAGCGACGCCCAGCAGCGACCUGCGAUAGCAUACCUUCCCUGGUGUCAUCCCGCACUCUCCGCGUCUCCGCGACUGCGAGCACGAGCACGUCCAACCCCCACGAGCAACAUCCGCGCUACCCGUCUCGAACCGCCCAUCCAUCAUCACAUGUCGAUCGCAGCUCGACCUUCCCCCCUUCCUGCUUCCUCUCGCGCCGCCGCCGUCGUCCAGCAAACCGCAUCGCCCCCCCAAGCCUGCUGGCCGCGCGCGCACGCCACGGCGCCGACAAAGCCCCCCAUCGUCGCCCGAGCCGUCGAAUGAAUGCAACCGCUAAACCCCUUCCUUGCCGCCUUCUUCAAGAGCUCCGUCGUCGCCCAGUGCGCUCCGGUACACCAUCACAUUCUGCUCGUGCCCUUGACGGAUGUGCUCCUUACCUACAAGGAGACGGACAGCGGCUCCUCUCCACAAGAGGUCAUUGCCUCUGAAGAGUUCCUGAGCAGCCAUGUCCUUCGCAUCCCGACCACGAGCCCCAGCGCCGGCAAGGAAGCCACCCAGAAUCUGCGCGACGUGAGGGGCAAGGCCAAGCAAUUCUCGACGCUCAACGGCCGGACCGUCGUCAUCAAAGACUCCUUUGUGUACAGCAACAAAGGCUUCAAGGCCCUCGCACAAGCCCAGCUCCUGAACGAUGUCACCUGGUACCCCGACGUCUUCGAGCCAAGGCAAUGGCUGGUGUACUUUAUAUCAAAGCCCCUGGUGGGCACCUGGGAGGAGGUUAAGAUCACCCCCGCGAUCCUUGUCCACGGAUUGGGAAAGACCGCUGCGACGGAGCAAAGCAAGGCGCAAAACGGCGAGUCGGCCGAUGAUGCCGUGCCGCGCAAGAAGGACAUCAAGACAUUUCACGACCUCUUGAACAAUUUCCCCAUGAUUGCACGCCAGAUGCAGUCCGGCCUGGAGAAGCUGUUCCUGGAGUUCACGGCCGUUUUCGAAAAGCCUCUGCCACCCCCUCCAUCGGCGUCCAGCAUACCCGAUCCGCAGCCCGAGGGCCCGAUCAUGGCGGCGAUGAAGAGAGCCCGGUCCAAUAGUUUUACAGGACGCAGUGGUCGAGACAGUCCUGACAGCCUUCCCGUCACGGAGGACUUCUACGCUGAAGACGACGAGGAUGUCAUGAGGGCGUCCCUCGAGACGGCCGUGACAACGGCCAUUGACCUGUUCCAAAGCGUGGACAAGCAGCAACUCUCUCUGCUCGGUGCUACUACCGACCUCACUGGGCCCCUGGUUGAGAAGCUCAUUGAACGAUACGUCACCGAGCACGUUCAUCACUUGCUGUUCCCCAAGCUGACAAGCUUGAAACGGCCCGAGGACUUGGAGCUCGAAGCAAAGAUUCGGCAGAUGGAGUUUGUGGACAUCUCACAGCUUGGCAUCGCAAUUGACGGCGGUUCAAGGGCGAAGCACGAUCUACUCAUACAGCUCGGCCCAGUCGUGGAGGAGUUCAAAAAGAUUUCCCUCGCAAGGAGCCCGGUGGAGAUGAUGGACACACUCCUGACGACCAUGAAGACGGUAUCACAGCUCACGGACACAUCAAGACCGCAGGAGAAUGGCGAGCCAGCCACCUCUGAGAAGACCGUAAUGACGGUUAAUGCAGACACGCUGGUCUCCUUACUGCUCUACGUGGUUAUUCGGUCGCAAGUCAAGAACCUUCAAGCGCGGCUCAUCUAUGUCCGCAACUUCAUCUUCGUCGAUGACGUCGACAGCGGCGAGAUGGGGUAUGCGCUCAGCACCUUUGAGGCUGUUUUGACAUACCUCACCAUGGAUUCGGCAGGCUUGCGCAAAGCGAGCAGGAAGAACAAGGCUCUAUGGGAAGCCACCAAGCACGGUAACCUCAACGAUUUGAGAGACAUUAUGGAACCAAGCACCUCUGCUGUUACAGACGACGAGGAAUCAGAAGGAGUGGAUGCCCGCCAGUCCUCGCGCGCCAGUAGCCGGCCAUCAUUUACAUGGAGUUUAGCAAAUGACUCUUCUCGCAGGUCUUCCCUUGCGCUGACCGCGUCUGAAUACUUUUCGCAUGGCUCGGGAUUAAGCCAUGUGUUCCCAUUCCAGUCCAACGGUAGUUGCGAGGGGGACUUUCCGCCUAUGAAGCGAAUCAAGAGAGUGGCCAUGGACACAAGGAGUCUGUCCAGCGGUUCUGAAAUCUCGUUCCACUCGCGCACCGGGAGCCUUGCGACGUUAGGAAGCGCCCUCGAAGGCGAUGUGUCGGUGGAGAGGCUGGCUCAAACAAGCGACGCGUUCGGCGAGUCGAUAUUGAUGAUGGCGGUUCAGAACGAGCAGCCUGAAACUCUACGAUAUCUCCUGUCACUCUCCGGCUACUUUCCUUUGGAAGUGAUUCUGGAAGAUAUGAACAACGAAGACACAACCCUGCUUUGCGCCGCUGUCCAGCUGGGCAACGACGAGCUGAUCGACAUGAUCCUCGAUCGCGUCAGCUCGCUGGCGACGCACGAGCAGCUAGUCCGAUAUCUAUCCGAACAGGACAUAUGGGGUCGCAGCAUCGGGCACUACUUAUUCCACGCUCCGUCGUUGAUCACGCGCAUAGGCGGGCUGUUGCCGUGGCGGCAGCGCGAUAAGAAUGGGCGGACGCCACUGUUUGCGCUGUGCCGAUCGUACGAUCACACCGACUACUUCGACAUGGUGGAAACCGGGCUGCGCGUCGCACGCGAGGCACAGGGCGACAAGCAGCCGCUUCAUGUGGAUGAGCACGUCGACGGCAAGGGCAACACGCUCCUGCACAUCAUCAACGACCCCAGGCUGGCCAUGAGGAUCCUGCAUUAUUGCGACGUCGAUGUCAACGCGACGAAUGAGAAGAGGUUCACGGCGUUGAUGGUGGCUAGUAAGUACGGUCGGUAUGACAUGGUGCGGUGUCUCUUUGCCGACCCACGAGUCGAUGUGGCGGCGAGGGAGGCUCGCGGCCUCACGGCAGUCGAGCUAGCCAAGGACGACGAUGUGCGGAACAAAAUCGACGACUUGGGGCUGUUCAGCAUGCCAAUCGGCAGGGACGGUCGCAUCACGGGAGUUGUGCGCGCAUUCUUCGUGGAAGACGGCAGCGUGCGCCUCGUGUUGAAGUCUGCUGCACCUACAGACCACGACAGUUAUACGGUGACGACCAGCCGUCGCUCGCUCAACGACUUUGAGCAGCUGGCAUGCCUCCUGACUCUCGAGCACCCGGCGUCUUGGAUCCCGUCAAUGUCAGAUACGCGAUCACCGUUCCAGCUGCCGACGAAGCCGUCGCGGUCGCUCCUUCGCGACAUCCAGGCCAAGACAGACUGGUUCUUGAGGAUUAUGCUCGGUCAUCCUACUUUGGGCACUCACGAAAUGCUCUGGGAGUUCUUCUUAGUGCCUGAGCUGCAGCUGGACGCAAUGGAGGCGCGCACCAAGCUCAAGGUGGAGAUGAAGGCGGAGAAGAUCAAAGAUGAGUACGAGCCUGUGGAGGAUGUCAGAGAGGUGGAGCAAUUUGCAAACCAUGCCCGAGAAAUGGUGAGAAGCGUGAGCUACUCAACCAAGAGCGUCGCUCGGCGCGCGAACGGUCUUGGGCAAAGCUCAUCUGAUCUGUACGACUCCAUGGUACUGCUCCAUCGCCAGGUGGCGGCUGUCGAGUUCUUGCCGUCCUCACAUGUCAACGCGCUGGAGGUAUACGUCAGGACCAUGGUGCCGGCGCAGUCCAGCCCUCAAAUGACGCUUCACGCAACGCUGUUGGCGAUACAGUCGACGGUGCAAGCCCUGCUGACUUCCCUGGGGCGACCGGCCAUCCUCAUCAGCCAAAUAGGCGCGGCGAGGCGGGAGGCGGACAGAAACGAAAGCUCGGCGGGAAGGUCCUCGCGAUGGCCGCUAGGCCUGCUGGACGAGACGAGGCAGCGGAUGCAGGACGGUAGGGAGCAGCGGGCCAAGAAAUCGCGUCAAGAGGCCGAGAGCCUCGGCCGGGAGCUGCGGUACACGCAGCAGACUGUCGCGAGCGAGCUGGCGGGAUGGCAGGACAUGCACGAGACCAUGGGCAGGCGAGCCAUCCGAGAAUUCGCCCGGGGUAUGGUGAUCCAGGAGCGGUCGAGGCUGGAUGGCAUGAUGCGUGCUCUCCGAAAGGUGCGGUCGGGCGACUGCGGGGCCGGGGCGAGGCCAGGCAUGGAAACACGACAGUCGGCGCUGUUCGCGGGGACAACAGAAGGCGAGGUCUCCCGACAGAACGGCGAUGCGGCUGAAGUGGCCGAGUGAGAGGUGUGCCUGCGAAGGGGAGUACGUGCGUCUCGUGUCAUACUCACGACAAUGACACGCCCUGGUUGGUGACUGCCCGCGCCGUGUGGUGCCUUUGUGGACGCGGAGGCGGCGAUCUGCUGCACGACACAUGCACGAAGAUGGAGUGCCACAGAAUCAAGGGCAUGUGUGUCGGUUGGGGGCCCACGGCAACCCAAAGACCAAGGACUAGAGUAUGCGUGCUGGCACGUUCCGCCCACGCCGUCAUGACGGCUCGAGUUCUAUGCUACGGUUUUACGAUGUUGAGUGUACUGCUGGGUGGGCGUUUGGGCGCUGGAGGCGAGCGAUGAUGAUGAUGACAGACGACUUUGGCCCUACCGCCCACGGCGGUGGAAGUGGCAGAGUUUCGACACGACGGCUACUGCAUUUAAUCAAUCAAUACAGAGUAGCCGCCUUGUGCCAGUGUGAUGAGCGAAACGACGCAGAUGCCGUCUCUGAUGCGGUGUGCAACGUUGCCCCUUGCCAGCCGGAGACGGGCCCCCAUGCGCAGUCCAUCACUGAGGUGCAAGGACAGUGGAUCGGCCAACUGGCUCCUGGUUGCAAUACAAGAGCAGCUGACUCGUACAGUAUACAGUAGUGCCGAGAUUCUGAAUGCAGUUGUUGCGAUGCGUCAUCAUGGUCGCCUGGCGACGAUCCGGCCGAACGGUUUCGAAACAAGGCUGUCCAAAGGGUCCAACGAGACACUGCCGACGAGGACGGGGUGAAACGCCAGGACGGGAAACAGUGGGCAGCCAGACGCAGUACGAUUUGUCGGCGCGUCGCCGUCGAGAGCGCGUGGCGCGCGGCCAAUGAUAGAGCCCCAGUUCGUACGCGCCGCGAAGCGCAACGAAGGCCACGCGAUGGUCCUCCCGUCGCAGACCGUGGCGGCUGGAGUCAGGAGGAAGAAGGGCUGACCGUGGUGGCUGUGCACAGACGGACGACGCCGACCAUGUCGAAUCUCCGCAGCCGCCGGGAGCCGUUUUCGAUAUACACCACAAUGCCACUUGCGGAAACAAAGCGAGGCUGGUGCGACGACGGCGGCGGGGGGCCUCCCUUGUUUCUAUAAGAUGAAAGAGCGUCUGGCUAAGCGCCAGGCGAGCGUCGAGACCCGAUGACCGUAGCCGCCGAGGCGAUUAUGACGCUCCCAUUGGGCGCCCAUGCCGCUGAAGAUUAUGCUCUACGUUGCUGCCGAGGGGGGCAUGCGACGCAGUAGGCGCCGCGAGCGAAAAAUAGCAUUCUGGGCGCAGGUACUACGUACUUUGUGCGACCAGAGACCGGCUGCUGAGUGCUGGGGCGGAUUUGACGUCGGGGGGCCAUAGAUGAUGGCUCGGACGAGGGGCGGCGGCCUGGUUCACGCGGUGCGACGUCGCGCAGCGCGGCCUCUACGGCUCUGCGUGCGACCCGCAGGGGUGACGAAGGGC